AUGUCGCACCCCGAGAGCAUGGCGAUGCAGUCCAAAUUUCCAGUGGCUAGGUCUGACUUCGCAGUCCUGGAAAACCAGUGCGUGGGCAGGGAGCGCAUCGACAUCAUCGGGGUGAUCACCAGCUGCGACGUGGCUCCGACCACGAAAGCGAAGGCUAAUGUCUGGCUGAAGGAUUUGACCGGAAAGGGCAUGCUGUUGACUUUGUGGGGGGAGAAGCAUGUCGACAAGGCUCAGAACUUCCAGGCUGGGUUCGUUCUGCAAGUGGACAACGCGCUGCUGCUCAAGCGCGGAGAAAACAACAUUGAGGCUACAGCCGAACACUGGCUCGAGAGUGACAAGCACAGCUUUUCUUGGCUGCACUGCGAUCCAAGAGGUGAAAAGGCAGACAAGCUCCGGGCUUUGGACACCAGUCGAGGCGAGGCCAUCUCCGUGCCUUGGACUCCUUCUCUCAGCGUGGGCGGGCGCUUGUCUUCUGACUUGUCUGCCUGCUACGUAGCCUGCGCAGCCAACAUGUGCGCGUGUGGCCUGGCCGUGGCGCAAGGAACUAUUCAGGCUGAGAUGUUGGACAAGCUAGAGGUGGCGACGCACGCGGCUUGGCUGGUAGGCGUUGUGGGAGAUCCUGUGUACAGGCCAUGCCGAGUGUGCGGCACGAAAGUCAACCCGGACACGGGCAAGUGCAAGCGAGCAGACACGAGCUCUUGCCCCAGCCAGCCGGACCUUGCCUUGAAAGUGCUGGCCACAGCGCACAUUGCUGACUGGAGUGGCGCGGUGGAGAACGUGCUCAUUCGCGGCGAGCAGUUGGCGGCGCUCGCCAGCGUGGACGACGAAGCCAAACUUGCGGAGCUGAUUGCGGAGAAGGGCACGCAGGAUGACCCGGACAUCAGAGAGGUUGACAUCAACGGGGACAAGCAUUUGGUGACAUCCCACCAUCAUGUGGUGCCAUUUCCGGAGAUUGACGGCGCCAAGCCGUUUGCCGUGGAGGCAUUUUGCCACUUCAAGAACUGCCAUCUCUUCAACAUGGCUGAUGGCGCCCCGCGCUUGCUUGUGGGAAAGCCGAUCCAAGAUUGCGACACAGACCUCAUGACUUGCCAUGUCGAGUGGAUGGCCAGGGCAAAUGACGAUGUUGUUCGCUCUGUGGUCGCGGAAGGAGACGCG